AGAACCCAUUUAUAUAAAAGUACUUCUGUCUUUGUUUUAUUAAUUUUCAUCUGAUAUUUUUACUCCUUAUGAACAUCCUCUAUUUAGUUCAGUAUAAUUAUUGUACCACCCAACUAAGGUUUUACCACAAUCAAUUUUAUAAAAUAAACUUAAUUCUUUCUUCGAAUACUUAAAAAAAUUCAUAAACUUUAUUCCGCCAUAGUCUAUUUCCCAGCCUUCAUCAUAUAUCAUAGUCCAUGUGCCUUCUCCUAAUUCACCAAGUACUUUAUUAUCUUUUGUUAGUUCAAUAUCAAAUGUCUAUUAUACGCCUUAUAUUUUACCAUUUGAAGCUUUAAAACUUGUAUUUGGAUUAUCUGGAACUUCAUGUCCACAUGUUACCAUUGAGCGACUAUUACCCUUUACUAUUGGGUGUGAUAUUUAUAUCUACCAUUUACCCACUAUUUCACUUUUUACACAAUGAACGGGUAAAUCAGCAUAUGCUAUUAAAGGUAAUAAUAUUAAUAAUAUUAAAUAGGGCUUUUGCAUAUUUAUAUUUUGUUUGAAAAGUAUUUUUC